ACGAAUUUGAUGAAAAUUUAUUCUAGAACUUGGGCAAUAUCGUGAAAAUUGAGUAAAUUUGGCUCGAAUUUCGAUACUCGUUGCUUAUUUCAUGAAGAAUUUCAUUUGAUUUACGUCUAAAGUACAAGAGACAAGCGUUGAAAAGUAAUGACAUUGGCUGAUUUCGUUCGCAAGUACUUGGAAGAGCGACGCAAAGUUUGCGAAGAAAAAGCCAGGUUUUCAAAUUUCGGUCGUGAUGUGCUGUACUUCAGUAAAGAAGGAGAAAAUACCAGCUCUUCCUCUUCGGAAUCAUCGAAUAGUAAAUAUUUCUCAAACACAUUAGAAAAAAAACCCAAACCACAAAAAGACACAUGUGUCAAUUGCAAGAAAAUCCAAACGAGUAAAACCGUCAAAGUAACCAGAAGACCGGAUGGGAAAAUCGAAACCGAAACGACGAUAAAAGAUAGCGAAGGGAACAUAGAAAAAACUAUCUCAUAUCAAGAUGGAGACACAGUGUACACAACUGUCACAAAAACUGAUCCAUCUGGUCGUACACAAGUCAAACAUAAUGUCAAACGAGAAGGCCAUCCUGAUGAAAAUUCAAACGAUUCGUUGGUUCCAGUGAUAGAUCAAUUUGUACCGAAGUCAAAUUCCGAUGACGAUUAUGAUUUCUGGUUCAAUAAAUUUUUCGGAAAACCGAAACCUGCACCAGAAUUCUUUACGAGAGAGAACGGUGAUAAGAAAGAUUCAACGAUGCAAGAUUUCGAUGUAACUGAUAAAGUGAUGCAAGAAGCGAUGCCAUUCGAUUUCAAUAAUGUCGAAGAUAAUAUUAGCAAAUUGUUGAAAAUGUUCGAAAAUGACUUUCCUAGUUCCUUUAAAAGUCAAUCGUUCGCCGAAGAUUUUUCGCCAAAAACCGACGAUGCGCCGAAAUUUUUCGAACAGUUUGAAAACGAGACUCAGAAACCAGCUCCCAAGAAUGGAAAAACACACGGUAGAACUAAAAAAGGAGAUAGAGACUUGCAAUCGCAGGUUGAUAGCAUUAUGAAGAAUUUUCUUUCUCCCAAGACUGCAGGUUUAUUCGAACAAUUUGCUGAUCGAGCCAUCGUAGAAGUUCCAGACGAGAAAACACCGUUAGAUAAAUUCAUAGAACUCGACGAAGAAACGCAAAAAAAACGAUUAUCUAUAUUACAAGAAAGAAACGAAGUUAUGAAAAGACUAAAUAGUUACUUCGAUAGAAAACUAACCAUCGACGACGGAAAACAAGACGUAUAUUCCGAUAUUGAACCUGUAAACGACGAUGAAAUCGCUUUAUUCGUUCCACAACCGCAACCGAAUCCAACGCCCAAUUUGAAUGAUUUUAGUCAAAUGCUUGCCAAACAAUUCGGCCCGUUUAGUGGUAUAAAUUUCAAUAUAACCACCAAAUCGAAAAUGAAGUUCCCCAACGGUAAUCUAAGGACAGAAACGGUGAAAAAGGAUAAAAACGGUAAUUUUGAGAAAUCAAUUACCUACGAAGCUGGAAACAAGGUUUACACGUUGAUUACAGUUACCACUCCGUCUGGUCAACAGAUAGAUAGGCAAAGGAAGCUGAACUUUUCCGAAAACGAAUUGUCGAAUUUCAAGAAGCAGUGGGAUGCUCGUUAUCAGUCAGAUUUCUCCGAUUAGUGUGUUAUUAUUCCUUUUAUCAGUGAUGUUCGUUUCUCGAUUACCUUUUCUCUUUCUCACUUAUUCCUGUUUUAUUUAGUACAAAAUAUAAAAUUAUGUAAAUUGA